AUGGCCUCCUGCGACGACGACUUCGGGCUCCUCGGUGACGACGCCCACCAGCCGGCAACUCCCCCGCCCGCACCCCCCACCGCCCAGCAACCCGCGCCGCCGCCGUCGCAGCAGGCCGCCCAUCCCUUGAGCUUCACUGUCGCGCCUGCGGGGGCUGCCGCCGGCGCCGGCUCCUUCGCGCAGGUCCAGGAGGACAGCAACCACCACGCCGAGCGCGGCAAGCCGGCGCAACACGCCAAGCGGGGCAGGGAGCGCGCCGAGGAGUUCAGCAGCGAUGGGGGCGAGUACUGUUCCUACAUCAACAGCAGCGGCAGCGGCGGUGGGGGGAAGAAGGGCCGUGGCGGUGGAGGGAUCUCGAGCGUGCACGACCUCUACCGUAAGGAUCGGGAGGAGUGGACGGACGGCGCGAUCAGCAGCCUCCUCGACGCCUACACGGACCGAUUUGAGCAACUCAACCGGGGACACCUGCGGGGUCGGGACUGGGAGGACGUGGCCGCCGUCGUGACCGACGGGCAGGGCAAGACUACCGGGGGCAAGAGCGUGGAGCAAUGUAAGAACAAGAUCGACAACCUUAAGAAACGCUACAAGGUGGAGUGCCAGCGGCUCACCAGUUCCGGUGGAGGCGCCACCAGCCACUGGCCCUGGUUCAAAAAGCUGGAGCAGAUCGUUGGUGACUCUGUGUCUCCUGCCUCCUCCAAGCCUCUUGCUGCUGCCGAGGAUGUGAAACCGAGGCAGCAGCAGCAGCAGCACGGCAGCAAAAGGUAUCCUCUUUCCAGCACUGGCCCUCCUACUGGGGUUGGUAGCUCUAGAACGAACCCUCUUUCAAAUCCAAGAUGGAAGAGGGUGCUUCUGAAGAUUGGGGGCACUGCCUUACGUGGAGCGGCUCCUGAAAAUGUUGAUCCCAAGGUGAUUAUGCUGAUCGCUAGAGAAGUUCAAGUGGCGUGCCAUCAAGGUGUGGAGCCCCGUCCCUUUGUUGGUGGCGGCGCGGCGCAACAACCUGCAGUAGCGGUGGCUGGCAAAAACAAGUCCGGCGCUUCUGAUCCAUACAUGCUUGUGGAUGUAGGCAAUUUGUUCAUCUUGCAGAAUGAAGUCGUCUGGUUGCCCUCCUUGAAAUCCUAUGUCUGUUCAAAUUGCAUUACUUUGGAUUUUAGAUUUCCUUCUGUACUAUUCAGGGAGUUCUGGACUUCUGGUAGACUGGCAUGGCCGGUAGCUCCUAGCAGGGGGGCAUCCAAAGCACUGGACGGCAGUGAUGCAUACCGCAAGCGACCAAGCAUGCCAGGCGCGUGUUGUGAGGCGGGUGCCACAGCCGACGACGCUCGCACGGCAGGCGUGGAGGAGCAGUUCUGCUCCCGGUCGUCCUUAGGGUACAUGCUAGGAUGUGUUGCGGCCAAGAAAGAGACGAAGAAACUAGAAACCUACACACCAGCUAAACAACGAAGAAGCAAGCAACUCAGUGGCAUCAUCAUCAGCCUAGUUGGCCGGCGGCGUUCACGGGGAUUUGCGGAUGGCGAGGCUGGCUGCGUCUGCGCUUGCAGGGACGUGGUAGUAAGCAGGGGAGACAGGGCAGCGUUGUUGGGGAUGCCGUUAUCGGCGAGGCAGGCUGGACACGCGGCGGCUCUCGUUGAGACACAGCCGUCGGCGCGUGCUCAGACUCGGCUGAUGGCGUCAUGGUGA